CAAGAUGGCGUCGAGCUCAGAAACUCGCGUCGCAAACUCACGCAAACUCAGUGUCGCUAUCGAAGACACUUCCGGUUGCGACGGAGGCAGGCUUUCGAGGUCUGCGGAGGAUCGGAAGGGUCCUUUUUGGGGCCGGGACACUCCGACACGACCAUGGACCGGAGGAAAAAGCCUUUGGACGUCACGGCCUCCUCGUUGGUAGAUCUUAAGGCUGAACUCUUCCGAAAACAAGAAGAAUUCAAACAAGAAAAACUUCUAAAAGAUUCUGGUGUUUUUGGAAAACCAAAAACAACUAAUAAGAAACCAAGUAUCUGGAGCAAACAGAAUGUAGGCGUUUCAAAUCGAGCUGAGAAGGAUGCUGAACAGAAGAUUGAGGAACAGAAGACUUUAGACAAAGCAAGGGAAAAAUUGGAAGAAAAAGCCAAAUUAUAUGAAAAAAUGACUAAAGGAGACUUUAUAGAUGAAGAAGUGGAGGAUAUGUACCUUGUGGAUUUCACGCAGAAGAUCAUAGACAAGCGCAAAGAAAUGGAGGCAUCUGGUGCCCGUAGAGAUUCUCAAAAGGCAGGAGAAAGCGAGGAUGAUGAGGAAAACCUUCCUGAGAGAGAGAUCCCUCCUCCCCAAGACCCCAGCGAAGAAUGGGUGGAUUAUGUGGACUCUUUGGGACGUUCCCGGCGCUGUAUGAGAAAGGAUUUGCCAGAUCUGCUGGAGAUGGAUAAAAAUCUUCAGGGGAGACUUUUUAUUAGUCCUGCUAAUGAAAAAACCCUAUUAUCUGAAGAUAUGAGAAAAGAACUUCAGCGCCAGCAAUGGGAGGAAGAAGAAAGGGAGGCCCUGAAGAGGCCCAUGGGGCCCAUACAUUAUGAAGACAUUCGGGAAAAUGAGGCCCGGCAGCUUGGCGUUGGUUAUUUUGCCUUUGCCCGAGACAAAGAGCUGAGAAACAAGCAAAUGAAAACCUUAGAGAUGCUGCGUGAACAGACAACAGAUCAGAGAACGAAACGAGAAAACAUAAAGGAAAAACGAAAGGCUGUCUUAGAGGCAAGACUUGCCAAACUUCGACAAAAAAAGAUGAAAAAAUCAAAAGAAGGUGGAGCAGAAGAAGAAAACAGAGAUGGAAAUGUUAUUGGGCCUUUGCCACCAGAGCCAGAGGCUGUGCUAACUUCACGUCCUGCUGCCCAGAGUAGCAAAGUAGAAGUCAUUGUCCAGGAGAGGAAGGACACUAAGCCUGGAGUGCCACACGUCCGGGAGUGGGACCGCGGAAAAGAAUUUUCCUUUGGAUACUGGUCAAAGAGGCAGUCAGAUCUCCGGGCUGAGAGAGAUCCUGAGUUUGCCCCACCAUCGGAUUACUUUGUGGGUCAGAAGAGAACUGGUUUUUCCAGCAGCCAGCCAUGGAACAGGCCUGGGCCAGCACAGAGUGCUGGCCACGGGCCUAGCUCUGCACAUGCAUCACCCACUCCUGUCCCUGACAACCCACCACAAGCCCCCACAGUCACUUUUGAAACUUUGGAUGACAUGAUUUCCUAUUACAAACAAGUGACAUGAGCUUUCAAAA